AUGUUGAAGUUGUGGCUCGGGCUCGCGCUAACGGCUGAUUCAUCGGCGUUAUUUAGGGGAAGCAAUAGUUUUGGGAUGAGUCUAAAAAGGCCAUCGGAGCUCUAUAAACACCUAAGAGUUUCCAAGAGAUAUAUCCUGGGGAAAUCCCAUGAUGACGUAGUGACAUCGCUCCCAAAAGACGAAGAUGCCCCCGAGCUAGAGUCACGACUUCAAUUCCAUAAGCAAUUUAUGAUAGGAGCACAAAGUAACAGAGUGGGAAGUGAAGCGGUUAGUCUUUCGGUAGCCAGAGCGCAAAAGGAAAUAACCACAAACGAACGAUCAGUAGGUUUUGUGAGAGAAGGCACUAGGGCUACAAAAUCAAACGUCAAGCCUUACUCCGUCCUUAAAGCGGCGUCGGAUUGGACUAUAAUGAUGGACACGUAUGAAAAACAAUAUAAAAUCCCCGAGGAUAUUUGUGCGUCGGCCUCCAGACCGGAUAUAUUUUUGUUUUCGCGAAUUUUAAAGCGCGUAGUGAUGAUAGAGCUUACGGUCCCUUGGGAAACCAACAUCCCCAAAGACCAUACCAUCAAGGUCAACAAAUAUUACGAGCUCAUAAACGAACUCACUCGAAAUAGGUUCGUAGUAGAUUUGUACGCUUUAGAGGUGGGAGCGAGAGGUAUAACAGCGAAAUCUCUCUAUAACCUACUAAAGGACUUGGGCUUGUCCAGAACUCACAUUAAUGCAUUCUUGGAACGUACAUCGAAGGUAGCCCUGGUAGGUUCUUUUCAAAUUUGGUUAGGUAGGGAGAGGAGCUUGGACAGUGGAGGUGAGCGUAUAACGCGCGUUAAUGGUGUUAUUGGACUGUACUUGAGAUUCAUCCAUCAGGAGAUGACGGCUGAUCAUCAAGUGUUAGAUGAAAACUAA